CAUCUGCUCUCUCUCUCUUUUCACACAAACACAGAGAAACUUUAACUUAGAUACAAAGGGAAAAGAAACAUGGGUUUUGUAGAUCAUAUUUCAGAAGUGUGCUCAGUUACAAGCACAAGAAAGAGCAAGCGCAAGCCAAUGCAGACAGUGGAAAUAAGGGUGAAAAUGGAUUGUGAUGGCUGCGAAAGAAGAGUUGGAAAUGCAGUUUCCUCCAUCAAAGGUGUAAAAUCAGUUGACAUAAACAGAAAACAAAGCCGAGUAGAGCCAAACAAGGUCUUAGAUAAAGUGAAGAGCACAGGAAAGAAAGCUGAAUUUUGGCCAUAUGUUCAAUACAAUUUGGCAUGUUACCCUUAUGCUCCUGGAGCCUAUGACAAAAAGGCGCCUUCUGGGUAUGUUAGAAAUGUUGCACAGGCAUUUCCAAGCCCUAGUGCUCCUGUUGAGAAGUACACAACAAUUUUCAGUGAUGAAAAUGUUAAUGCAUGUUCAGUUAUGUGA